AAGAACCCUAAAAAAGGUCUUUAAUAAAACGCAACAAACCAAAAAACUGAAGCUCUUGAAAUUUCCUCUCUUCUUCUUUUGCUUGAGCUUUAGGUUUUGAGAGCAAAGAAAAACGAAGACGCGUCAAAGGUGAAAGUCAAUAAUCAUUUCUCUGAUUCCGAUUUUCUUCUCCAUUGAUGCUUCUGAUUAUUUAUUCCUUCUGGGUUUCGUUUCAACCUUGUGAAAUUUUUGUCGGCUGCUUCUAAUUUCUUCAAUUUCUCUCCCAAAUUUCGUCUUUUUUAGGUACUGAAAUGUGUCUAUUGCUUCUUGCUUCUGGUUUAUGGGUCCCUGCGACAUUUUGAGAGUGUUGUUUGGUUUAGGUGUCUGGUGUAUUGCUUAUAUAACUGUUGCAAUCUUUGCGUCUUUUAGAAUCUUUCACUGUAUUUGUUAAUUUCAAGAGCUUUUGUGGAGAGGUUCUGCUUGCUUGCUACAAUGGGUUACGCCCAGCUAGUUAUUGGUCCAGCAGGCAGUGGAAAGUCAACUUAUUGCUCGUCUUUGUAUGAACAUUGUGAAACUAUCGGUCGAACAAUGCAUGUUGUUAACCUUGAUCCUGCUGCGGAGAUCUUCAACUAUCCUGUGGCUAUGGAUAUCAGAGAACUUAUUUCUUUGGAAGAUGUGAUGGAGGAUCUAAAGCUUGGUCCUAAUGGUGCCCUUAUGUAUUGCAUGGAGUAUCUUGAGGAUAGCUUACAUGAUUGGGUGGAUGAAGAAUUGGAGAACUACAGGGAUGACGAUUACCUUAUCUUUGAUUGUCCAGGCCAGAUAGAGCUGUUUACACAUGUUCCUGUGCUCAAGAACUUUGUGGAGCAUUUGAAGCAGAAGAACUUCAACGUCUGUGUUGUUUAUCUGCUUGAUUCACAGUUCAUCACAGAUGUAACCAAGUUUAUCAGUGGUUGCAUGUCAUCUCUCGCUGCAAUGAUCCAGCUUGAAUUACCACAUGUCAACAUCCUCUCAAAAAUGGACCUCUUGCAGGACAAAAGCAACAUUGAUGAUUACUUGAAUCCGGAGCCUCGCACAUUGCUAGCAGAGUUAAACAAAAGGAUGGGUCCUCAAUAUGCAAAACUAAACAAAGCCUUGAUUGAGAUGGUGGGAGAGUAUGGGAUGGUGAAUUUCAUACCCAUUAACUUGAGGAAAGAAAAGAGCAUUCAAUAUGUUCUGUCGCAAAUCGACGUCUGUAUUCAGUUUGGAGAAGAUGCUGAUGUGAACAUCAAAGAUGAUGACGAUUUUAGUGACGAUGGUCCUGACCUAUAAUUGUUAUAUUCGGUUUCUACAACUUUUGUUAAAAGUCUAAACAAGCUUGGUCUCAUUGUUCUUGUCAGUUACCAAUGGCGUUUGUGAGAACUUUUGUUGAAUAUCAAAAGCCUUCAAUGUGAGACGCACUCAAACUUAGUUGAAAUUUCUCGAACCAGACUGGAUCAAUUUGGUUACAUUGAAUAUUUGUCGUAGGCUAUUUUUUAACCCAUAAAAAGUAACCUUAACACUAUUGCC